CCACAAAAUUGCUUCUGCUGUUGUGUUGUUAUAAUGGAGUGUGACUGGAAAAGUGUAUGAAAAUAAUUUUAAAAUGUCAAUGUUUGUGAAAGAUCCAUGUGGUUUUAUUUGUAUAACACUUACUUACGUUGCUGUAUUCUACGCUGAUUACGUUAUAAUAAGAUGGGUGAUCAUGCAGACAAUGCAAGACAGCCUGUGGGCACCAUUUCACGUGGUGCUAUUCAACACAGUGAUCUUCAUGCUGUCUUUGUCACAUUUGCGAGCAAUGUGCUCAGACCCUGGUGCUGUUCCUCUCCCUCAAAACCGCAUGGAUUUUUCUGACAUACAUUCAGGCUCUGAGUCAUUGCUACAGAAUGAGGACUGGACAGUGUGCACUCGUUGUGAAACGUACAGGCCACCCCGCGCUCACCACUGCCGCAUUUGCAAACGCUGUAUCCGUCGCAUGGAUCACCAUUGUCCCUGGAUAAAUAAUUGUGUGGGUGAACGCAAUCAGAAGUACUUCAUCCAGUUCCUUGUGUACGUGGGACUGCUGUCUCUGUACGCAAUCGCACUAGUCAUCACCAGCUGGCUGCGGGCCUGUCCGCAGUGUAGCACAGAAGUCAACCUUAAGCAAGCUAGAAUCCUCCAUUGUGUGAUCCUGGUACUGGAGAGCGCUCUGUUCGGCAUGUUCGUCAUGGCUAUCUUGUACGACCAGCUGGAAGCUAUUGCUAACGACGAGACUACAAUAGAGCAACUGCAGUCUGGAAGCGGAAGGGGACUGAGUAUCCACAAGAUAAUCAUGUCACAGUUGUGUCGUCUGCCGUGUUCAUCCUCCGGGUCUGUCCGUACGCCUGCUGAUGCACAUUCCGUCUGAACGACCGGCUGACCUAACCUAACCAGGUUCAGUCUCACCGAUGACACCGAGUCCUCCAGUCCCAGGUGUCCAAAUGUCGCUUCUUAUGCCGCCAGGUCUUUGUAAAUUUAAGUCUCGAUUGCUUUUCAUCAUUGUUCAAUGAUUCCGUUGGAUUUUAACGUACAUUGACAGAAUUUCUUGUAUAUGUUUUUUUACAUAUGUGAUAGUUUUCACUUACACUAAUUUUUAAUUAUUUUCUAAUCACUGUGAUGCAGAAUUGAUUAUAUUUAUAUCAAAGAGAGAUUUGUGCAUCAUACUAUCUAUAUAACAAACUUUUUUAGGAUUGAAGUCAAAUAUGAUAGUUACAUGUGCAAACUAGGACUUAUUCUAUUGAUGAUUUUAUUUAGUGAUAAAUGGAACAUUUAAAAUUUUGUUUGUGUAUGUAUUUUUGUAAAGUCCUGAUUGAAAACUUUUAAUCAAAUUAUGACGAUGUGCUUCCUAAUUGUUCAAAAAUUGAAAUGAUUCAACAUCAUUAAAAUGUAUCAUCACUGUACUUAAAGAGAGUUAGUAAUUUGUGAAGCUUCUUUAGUACUAUAUAUAGGUGGACUAUAUUUGAAUUUGAACUAUUUAAAUGUCAGUCUUUUACAUCCCCACAUCUUACAGUAAAUCCAUAACUCAUAAUAAUAUUGUUAUGAAAUAUCAUAUCACAUUUUACACUAAUGACAAUAUACCAUACAGUGAAUCUUACGAAGGUAUCAACUUUUUGUUAUAUCAACCAUAUUAUUUUAUCAUUUCCAUUUUAUUUUCUAAAUGAUUUAUUUUACAUACUAAUAAAACACAUUUCUUACAUAUUAUAGUAAAAUAACAACUUUUA